AUGGCAGACGUUUCUUUGAAAAAUUUCGAGAACACCCAACCACCGAAAAAGAAGCUAUCGAAGAAGGAGAAAGCGCGCUUGGAGGCCGAACAAGCUGAACUAUUGCGUAUCGAAAUGGAGAAGGAGAGACAGCGAAAGCUCGAGGAGGAACGUCAACGGCGCCAGAUCGAAUACGAACAGGCUAAGCGCCGUCAAAAAGAAGAAAUACAAGAGAAUAAAAAGCGACGCGCUCAGCUACGCAACAGCAUGUGUUUCUUCAAAGAGGUACGCGAAGUGACGACCGGUAUCAAGGCGCUCGAGCAGGAGGAACGCGAUUGGGAGCGAUUUAUGCGCUGCAAUGGACUGCCGAACGCCAAUAGCCCGAGCGAUUUGCGACGCUACAUACACCAAUGGCGCAGCGAUAUGGAGCGUCGUGAGCGUGCCUCACGCAAUUGGCUGUUGAACACUAACGAACGUACGCUACUCACGCAAGAUCUCGACGCGCCGGACUUAUCGCGAAAUAGUCUGCGGCUGCGACAAGGCAAUGCGGGCGAUGUGUAUGCGCAACGUAUACAUGAGGUCUUGGGGAUACUCGCAGAGCUCAACGAAGGUCUUACGGAUAAAAAGAAGCCUCCGCAUAUCAUUGCUGAUCUCAUUUGCCUCAAAAUGGAAAUGCGCGUGCUCGUGAGCGAACAUUUGGAUGAGUUUACUUAUAAAACUAUGUCGCAUAUUGAUCGUGAUAUGGAAAAUGAUCGUCCGGGUGUUCAUAAACAUAUUUAUGUAUCGGAUGUUUUCAAAAGCCAUAUUUGGACUUUUUCAAAGGACGCGCAGAUUUCCGUCAAUCCGAAAGGACGUAUUGGUGAACAGGUUACUAGUAAUGACAUCGAAUUUCCAGCGCUAACGCUUCAAAUCGCUUUACCAAUCUCUGUGGAGUUACAGAGUUCCGCAAUGCGUGGACUUUGGUUGGAUUAUGAUCACUUUAGUGACUACUGCGAUAGUUUCAAUGCAAAGAGAGCACUACCGGAAUAUAUAAAUAUGCUUCGUUAUACCAAAAGAGAAUGGAUUAAACGCAAAGACAUUCUACAAAAUAUGCUCGAAGACUGCACUAAGGACAGUCCACUAUCCAUGGGUGUCGCAGAUCAAGACAGCCAAAUUAGUGCUAAACGCAAUCGAAGCUUUGACGUUGAUAAAAUCUAUGCUGAAUAUGAAGAAGAGCUGAAUAAAGCGCGACGACGCGCUAUUGGACCGGAGAGUUACAGACUAGCCGAAACGGAUGUGAACUUACGUAAAUAUCGUAUUAUUGGUGGCGUCUAUCGCAUUGAUUACCUCGAGACGCCGCAGCAGGAUAAGCGCCUAAAUGAACGUUCAUUCAUAAGAACCAUAAUCAAACCAGACCACUUGAGUCACAAGAUAUUUUACGAAAACUACAAGCCACCGCCACCACCGCAGCCCGGCGUACGACGUUUGCCAGAGGAAAUUGAAGCGGAGAUGCGCAUGGUUGAGGCAGCACUCGACAAAUUGGCACUGGUCAGCUUGGACUUGCCCGACUCUGUCAUCUGGUUCGAACCACCCAUUGUUUGUCGCUGGGAGACCAAUUUCGAAACGUUAGAGUCCAAUUUAACGGAUGGUGCGAAGCCACCACUCGGCAAUGCUGCCAACACUAUAGCCACACCCACCGAAGCCACGCCGCUUUCGACCACAACCAAUGCCAGUCCACUUAAGGGCUCACCACGUUUCCCCGCAAAGCUACGUAAACGCAGCUCACAGAAAUCAACAUUGGAAACGGAGUGCCUGACAACGCUCGGUGCUGUACGUGAGGUGACCGACUUUGACCUAUUCAACAUACCGCGUGGCAUCGACAUAUACGGUUUGCUGCAAGAUUUCGUGGUGCCACGUCUGCCACCUGGCUUUUGUCUGCGUUGGGAGAAAUCAACGCCGGUGUUGAGUAGCAAAGUGAUGGCGCGUCAACAACGUAAACAGAAGAAACGACGACAACGUGAAGCCACUACUGGACAGCGUUUGAUUAUGUUAGCACGGCAUCGAAGUGUCAACAGUGCAGCAGACGAAGCUGUCAAUGGUUCACAGCCACCGACGACGACGACGACGACAAGUGCCAGUCGCAAGAGCACACUUCAAGUGCGUCAAGAGUAUACAACAAAUGAAUAUCUAGAUUGGGAUGAGCCGCGUGAGCUUUUCCCGGAAGUCGAAGUAAAAAAAUUGAUAAAAUUUAAAGAAAACACAACGGACAAGUACUCGAGUGGUUUAAAAGACGAAGAGGAAAAGGUAAAGCUGGCAGUAAAUGCUGGUAAUCAAGAUAAACUCCACAAAAAUGGUGUUGAAACAAAGCGUGUGAGUUUGAAUGGAACUUCUGCACGAAAUGGUACAGCAAAUGGCAAAGCAAAUGCUCUUAGAAAUGGUACCAACGGUAACGAGCCUGUGAUGAAUGCCGUCGCAAAAAAUGGUAAAGGUCAUGCGAACGGCAAUGACGGCUCAGUUAGUGAUGGCAGUUCCAGACGGAGUUCUAAUGAGGCCACUGAGACGGCGCCACAAAAGUUGGAAACAGUGGCUGGGCGAAAGACCUAUAUGUUCUCGAAAUUACUUGAGGAAGAUAAUCAAACCGACGAGAUAAAGAGAAAUGGCGCUGCACCCAAAAGCGUCGCGUCAACAAUAACCAAAACGAAGGGCAAAAGCGAACCAGUUAACCGCGUAGAAAAUAAUGAUUUGGAUCAUCUUGCCGAACUGCAGCUGCCACUACAAACAGAUGCGCUCAAAAAAAUUUCAGCUAAUCUGACCUCGCCACCCGCAAACGGUUCGGCCGAGUUACGUGAUGCUGCCGCAGCCAACGGUACAGCAGCUGCUAAUGGCCAAGAGGCUGAAAGGCUUGCGGAAGCAAUGCAACCCGCAUUCAACUACUAUCCGGGCUUUUCGUUUCUACGUGAUUUGGAUGCGAAAAAUGGCGUCGGCGAUAAUAAUAAAGACGAAACGGCCGAACUGGAGGGCGAAGAAGAUGAAGAUGAAGAAAGCAGCACGGAUGAAUAUGAUGAUGAAGACGACGACGUUUGGGAUGAUGAGGCGCUCUUGGAGAACUUUGAUGCUAGUGCGCGUAAGGACGUGUCGUCUUCGGCAGUGGCGAAUUUGAAUUCACUGCUCAGUGGUGAAGGGAAAACUUUGGGUAGCGUCAAUGGCAGGGGUGAUGGAGGCGGUGCGUCAGGCGGUCUACAGCAAAUGCUCGCCAAACAUCAGCAGAGUGAGAGUGGCAGCAGUGAUGGUAAAAAAUGCAAAUCGACGAAUCUAAUCGCACUCACACAAGGCAAAUGGAGCACACGCGAUGUACACGAUACCAAAUUUAAUGAGGAGAAGCUCUCACUGCAAUUUCGCACCGGCCGCCUCGGUAUAUUCGGGCUGGCGAUGAAUCGCUACAGCAAUAUGCCGUAUCAGACGUGGGAAAUAAAACCGGAUUUUAAGAGUCCCGGCACGAUUUUCUUCAGCUUCACUGCCUCCAUUAUUAGUCUCGAUAUGAAUAUCACCUCUGCGGGCUAUUGCCUCAAUAAUUUUCAAGGCGGCAGCACACCGGCUAUCAAUGGUAUGCUUGGCAAGACACUGUCACUAGCCGAGCUCAAGUCCAUACUCAUCGCAGCAGCAGUUGAUAUUUUCCCAGAACCGGAUACUUUCUGUUACACCGAAGGCACUUGUGAGAAGAAUUUCGUAAUGGAAAUGCAUUUGUAUGCAUGUAUGGCAACGCUGGUGCAGUCGCACAAUUUCAGUUGGUCACGUUGGAAUUUGUUGGCGGGCAGCCGCACGAUUGUGUUGCUCAUGCGUGAGCUAAUCGAAGGCAAGAAAGUGCCCUAUCACUCCACCUUGCUGGUAACUCCACUGAAGACUGCCAUUAUUGACUGCACUGAGGUCUCGCCGAGUUUCAAUUCAGCUGGCAUCGCCGGCAUGGAGUACUAUGCCGAUCUCUAUCAGCUAUCGCAGGUUUAUGCGCUGCCCAGCAGUCUUGAGAAGCAGCGAAAUAUGGAUCCGAUGUUGCGUGAAAAUAUCGCGCGCAUUUUGAUGGCGAUAAGGCCGUUGAGCUUUUGUUGAAAGAGGGGUCUUUC